CGAGUACGGGCAAUCCCAUGAUGGCUUUCCGAAGCCUUCUUCUUCGUCUGUGCGAACUGCAUCGCUCAUAGAUGCCAUUUCCCCUCUCAUUCAGCAGAGUCCAAGAAGCGAGCGAAAAUGGACGAAGCUAAGGCAAUGGCUGCCCAACACCAACAACAGCUACUCUUGCAACAGCACAAACAGCAACAGCAACAGCAGCAACAAACUCAGCAGCACCAGCAAUUUCUUCUUCUUCAACAAUUGCAGAAACAGCAGCAGGCUCAACAACAGGCCGCCGCUAUCUCUCGCUUUCCUUCCAAUAUCGACGCGCAUUUACGCCCACCGGGUCUUCAUCUCCGCCCUGGAUCCAUUAACCUCCACCAAAACCCUAACCCUAACCCUAAUCCAACCACGUCUGUUCCUAAUUUGCAGUCUAACCCUAGCCCCAGUCAACCACCGUCUCAACAAUCGCAGCAGCAGCAACAACACCAGCACCAGCUGCAGCAGAGAGCUAUGCGAUCGGGGAACCAGGCGGAACUCCAGAUGGCUUAUCAGGACGCUUGGCGUGUUUGCCAUCCUGACAUUAAGCGCCCCUUUGGUUCCCUUGAAGAUGCUUGUGAGAGGCUUCUGCCAUACCAUGUGGUGGCUGACUAUGAGGCAGAAGAAGAUGAUAGAAUCCUCGACUCGGAUCCAACGGGCCAAAUGUUGUCACGGUCACAGCAGUGGGACCAUAACAUCUCGGCCAAAAUUUCCGAGUUUAUUGGCACUUUUGAGAAGCAGGUAUUGGCUUUCAACAUCAUAACUCGAAAAAGAGCAUUGGGGGAGUUCCGUUCAGAAGAAAGAUUGAUGUUUGAACAAGCCCUUAUGCAAGAAGAGAAACGGAAACUUCUUGAACUAAAAGCUGAGAUUGAGUUGAGAGGGAAGGCGAGCAAAGAGGCUCAGGACGCCAAAACUCGGAUGGCAGCUAUGAUGCAGCCUGACCAAACACGGGGCGAAACACAGGCUAACGAAAUGAUGGUUCGUGCUCCUAUGAGAACAGGUGCACAUGUUGGAUCCCAAAGCAGCGAUGUUCCAGUUGGCCAUGGUGUCGGGGAGCAGGAGCAAGUUCAUCCAAGCGAAAUGAUCAAUGGAUGGGGAAACAACACCACACAGGGAGAUGAGAAGGAAGCAUCAGAGGACCUAUUGAACGAUGAGGAGGCCGAGAAUGGUGAUACGGGCAUGCAUGAUAGCUGGCGUGAAGUCGGAGAAUUUGAUCUGAACACGAGAUGAAAUGUUCAUGGAACAGCUUAAUAAUGGAUCAAGUUAAAGUGAAGUAGGGUUGGAUGAAGAAAAAUGAUGAAGGGAAGUGCCUGCAUAUUUGAGGAACAAUAUUUGAAAGCCGAAUUGGCGGUUGAACUCGAGGAUGUCGGGUUCGUCGGAUGUUUUAGUAGGAAGUACGUAUGUUGUAGUUGUGUAUUGGUUGAUAAAAUUACUACAAUUUCCAGAAAAAGAACAUGCUUGGCUUGACUGAAAAGCAGUGUGAUGUGUAGAUUUGAGAAGGAAGAAGAAAUUGACGAGAAAGCUUCCUAAUACCUCAACUUGAUGGGCGAAUGCAGUAUGAACCACAUGAAUACUCACAAUUGUAAUUUAUUACGUUGUUUUCUUUAACAACAAAUAUUUGAAACUAAAACAAUUAUAUGAAUGUCUGUAUUAUGCAUAUGCCUUUUUUUUU